AUGAGAUUCUGUAAGAAAUCCCGGUUUACUGAUCUUGAAGAUGAACCUGUAGAUCGUCUAUUGCCACCUAUAAGAGGCUAUCAAGACCAACCACUUGUUUCAUUAACUGAAGCAAUUCAACCUGUUUCUAAUUAUUUCGAUGAAAUUAAAAAUAAUGUUAUGAUUGCGUUACGUAAUUCUCAAAACCCUGCUGAUGGAUUAACUCAAGAAGAAUCAUCUUCUAUACAUUUAUAUACUAUGCAAUUCGAUGAAGGACCAAGUUUAUAUGAAUUACUUAAUCAAUCAUUACGUGCUGAAAAUCGUCAAAAUUUGAAACCAUGGUUUCCAUAUCUUAGAUUAUUUUGUACUGCACUAAAUAAACUGCCAUCACAAAGCAAAAGAGUAUGGUGUGGAGUUCACGGCGUUGAUUUAAGUGUAAAAUACCAAAAGGGUACAAUAUUUGCUUGGUGGGGAGUUACUUCUUGUAUGAAUGAUAUGAAAGCACUUGAAUCAAGUCAAUUAUUGGGUACACAAGGGCAACGUACAUUCUUUUCGAUUGAAUGUAUCAAUGGGAAAUCGGUUUCAGAACAUUCAUUUUUCAAAACCUCAGAAGAAACCAUUCUCAUGCCUGGCUCCUAUUUCGAAGUGAUAGACCAAUUACAUUCAAUUACUGAACUUCAUAUUAUUGGGUUAAAAGAAGUUACAACAUCCAUGACACUUUUUACACCAGCGUUUACUAUAUGGAACGAACAAAAAUCUUCAUCGGUCGUAGAUAAACCGAGUGCAUCUUCUUCACCAACAGCAGUUAUGGUGACGCCGACCACAUCUACCUGCAACGUUUUAGAAAAAAUGACAAAAGGUAUGAUUGAUUUUAUAGUUCUGUUAGCUUCAUUACUCACAUUAACUAAAGAUUAUAUGGCUCAAUGGGCAGCAGAUUAUGUCUAUGCUGAUGAAGCACUUAUUGUACCGUUUCCAAGUUUAGCUAUAUUUGAUCCGGAUACAAAUAUAUGGCGCAUCCAGAUUACAGCUUGGUUAUAUUUACCAUUUGAAAGCAAAAAGAUAAAAAGCUAUCUAUCAUCAUUACCCACUAUUUUAAGCGGUAAAACGGAAGGAAAUGUCGAAGAUUCUAUUAAUCAAUCUAAUAAAAAACCAUAUGGACUAAAAAGCUUGAAAGCUCUUGUCCUAAACGAAGCAAAUAAAUAUAAAAGCAGCGAAGAAAAAUCAGUGACUGACAACUAUGUAGAUGAUGAUGUUAAUGAAGAUGCCCGACAAGAUUUUGAUAAACCAAAAGGAAAACCGGAUCGCUUAAGUUUAUUUUUUGUUGGAACACCUGUUAAAGCUGCAAUUAAAUGUAUAAUUAAUGAUGUUGAACAUUUAACGAAAACAUCUGAUGAAAAUGGUUUAGUAGAAGAACAACUUGAAUUACCUCAUGAAGAAAUUCAAACGAUUUCAAAAAUAAUUCAUCCUGAAUCCGAUGAUCGACAAUUAGAUUGUGAAAUUCGAAUAAGUGAAUCGAAAACUGAUGUUAAACAAGAAAAUUUCAAAGCACAGAAAUGUACUAUAUAUGUUCUUGCAUCUCAUGGUGUUAGCAUUAUAUCAGAUAUUGAUGAUACAAUAAAAAUUUCGAAAGUUUUAUUUAUACCAUCAUUAUUAAAGAAUACAUUUUAUGAUGAUUUUAAACCUGUUAAUGGUAUGAAUGAACUUUAUCAAAAAUGGCAUAAGCAAAAAUGUCAAUUUCAUUAUGUUAGUGCAAGCCCAUGGCUAUUGUAAGUCGAGAAUAUUUAUAUAAACCAAAAGAAAAACUAAAACUGACGAAUAAAGUUUAGAUUUCAAGCUCUUUUUUCCUUUUUGGAGAAGCAUAAGUAUCCAAUGGGUACAAUUAAUUUAAGAAAAUAUGAGAAUUUGGUCAAAUUUUUAGAAUCAAUCGACACCUAUAAAAUGGAUAUAAUUUCACAAAUCAUUCGUGCUUUUCCUCUCAGGAAAUAUAUCUUUGUUGGAGAUUCAGGUUUGAUAAAACAUUGAACAAAAAUGUGAAUACAUUGAUUUAUGUUUGUUAGGGAGAUCAAGAUGCUGAAGUGUAUGCUGAAUUAUACAAUACUUUCCCUCAAAAUGUCGCUCAUAUAUUUAUUAGGGAUGUUUGUCAAACACCUAAAUGUUUACCACAAUGCCAAGAACGAUAUAUAAAAACAUUCAAAGAUGUACCAAAACGAAAAUGGACUGUCUUUAAAGAUCCUAAAACGAUAGAAACAAAUAUUGAAAAAAUAAUCGCUAUAUAAAAUUAUACUAUAUUCGAAAUGUUCGGACACCAGCAUUUUGGAUGUUGGUGUGAUAUUUUAAGAUUUGAUGUGAAUAAAAAGCUAGCAAGACGAGUUUCGAAUACGCUUUAAGUAAGCUUAUCAAUUGCUAGUGUUGUAAAGGAUAAUAAAGCAAUGUAUCUCUUCUACUAUCAAUUACUAUAGUUAAAAGUGUAUAAGGGAAUUGUGGAUAUGGGUGGAAUGAAUGUAGGCGGUGGGAUAAAAACAAUACUAACACCUGCAUCCACAUACAUUCUGGAAUUCUGUUUUGACUGGACAACAUUGAAUCUUUAAAAUUGACUAAUGCUUCUCGGAGUAGGAUCGAAAUUCAAGCUUUGUCGAGUCAAAUUAAAAUCUUAAUAGGGUUUUAGGAUUUGAUCGGGCACAAUUGGAAUUAUAAUUCUGGUCGGGUGUGGGUAUGGGUGUGAGUGUGUGGGUGUGGAUGAGUGUGGAUGGGUGUAGGGCUGUGGGUGUGGGUGUGGCUGUGUGUGGGUGUGUGUGGCCGUCGGUGUACGUUGCAUACGUAGGUUGUAUCUCCGAAACGGCACCCCGCCUGCCA